AUGAGUCUGAUGAGUCUGAUAGUCGCACUUGUGUCAUCACCAAUUGUCUACACGUUCCAAGCUAUCCAUUUCCUAAUAUCAAACUUACUCAUCCAACCAUUAAGUUAUGCUUUCUUCAUAUGUGUGUACACCCCAUUCAUCAAGAUUCCAUUUAUAAUCCCCGCACGGUAUUUUUUAGAACUAGACAACGAUGCAAACACUCACUUGAUUACAUCAUUAACGGGUGCUCAGCACCAACCAGCAUACUAUAUCAGGGUGAUCCUGGUGGUGUACUCAAUCGUAUUUGGCAAACGAGGGUUGAAUCAGGACCAAAUUGAACGGUUUAUUGCUCAACUUGUAUUGUUUAUAUCCACCACUUUUCAUUUCAUCUUGACGGCAAUAUACAUUGGUGUGUUUAGCGGUGUGGUGUUGGGCACAGUUUUCACAUUCAUUUCAUGGAUGUUUACCCUAUCUGCUGAAACUGAAGCUAGUAUCACAAUGGGAUUACAACGUAAAGUUGAUAGUAUUUUAUCAUUUGUGCCUAGCAAGAGUACAUUAUCUCGGUUGAAGUUUAGAUUAUGGGGUGGCAAGGGCAAAACGGUGCUGGUGGAUAAUACGGCAAUGGUUGUUGCAUCGUCUUCACCACCACUGACCGCGGGGUCAAGCUGGAGCUCUAAUGCUCCUCAAGUGUAUCCGAAAGUGAAACUGGAAGGCCCAUUUUAUCAACCAUAUCUGUCUCGCUUUGAUGAUUAUGAUGACUAUGAUGAACAACAAGCGUACUUGAGUCAAGAGCUACAUAAGAAUAACAGCAAGAUGGAUACCAGAUUGAAGCAGGAACCGAGGUAUGAAAUGGAACUGAUUGUUGAGGAGGAGUCCAAUGGCAGUGACAGUACAGAGAUUGUUGAAUACCAAGGUGGUUCCAAUGCCGAUAGUGGGUCUGCUGGGUCUACUGAAGAAGUGUACAUUUAUCCUACUCCAAGUACUGAUCAUGAAUUGUCAACCGAUCGAAGUGGGUUACGACAUCGCAUCAAACAAGAACGAUCACGGACUGCAGCUACAACUACAGCUACUACACCAAGUGAUAGCGAACAGAGCAAUACUGCAUCCCAGGUUGAAGACGGAUCCAAUGAAGAUAGUGGCGAUGCUGAUAUCGAAGAAGCAGCAAGCGGUGGGGACAUCAGCAGUGCGGUUGAAGAAGUGUCCACAACUGAUGCAAGCCAAGACACAAGUGAAGAAGAAAAUAAUGCAAAUGAGGAAGCUAGUGUCACCAAUAUGACUCGUGUAAGUGGUGAUGAUUUCAUCAAGAGUUAUCAAAUUGACGAGCCUGUUAUUGAUCUGUUGAACGAACUGGAGUCCCAGGAGUCGUAG